CAUUAAUCAUUAUUCAUUAUGUUUUUUACUAAAAUCCUUCAGUGUUAUUUAGUAUUUCAGUGUUGAAUAUUCAUUGUUCACUUGUUAUAACAGUAUCGAAAAUGCAAAAUUAAAUCAAACUUACUGUUUAGUGAUUUUUAAUAAAAGUUAUUCGUGAACUAUGUCUUACAGUAAAAGAUUCUCAAUCGACGAUGCAUUUGAAGAUGAACCAAUUGAUGAUAUCAAAGUAUAUGUAUCUAGUUUAGGGAAUUCCCCUUUACAAUCGCCUGAACAAACAAAAUUUACUAAUUAUGGUGGUAUUGAAAGUGAAUCGAUUUCAAGAACAAAAAAAUUUGAAGAUACGUUAUCUCGAGACAGUGAUUCGUUGAUUUACAAUUCAACAACGCAUUCUAACCAAAAGAACUGGUGUUGGCACCAUCCUCAAGUACGAGAGAAUUGGCGUGUGGUAUUAGCUGCUGUCAUUUUACUUAUUAUUGGAAUUGUAUUAUUAUCAGUGGCUAUAAUUGUGGAGUUGACUCCAAGUACAGAUUAUCAUCCAAUAGUGUUUUUCAUCGCCGGUUUCAUAUGUUUCAUACCUGGAGUAUACCAUGUUGUAUAUAUAUAUUUAGCUGCUAGAGGACAUCCCGGUUACAGUUUCUAUAGUUUAUCAUUAUUCAACUGAAUAUGGUGAAUAAUUUGGUAAAAACCAAGUAAAUGUAUUAUAAUUAUAUCUAUUUAUUAGUCAAACAUUGUAAAAACAAUUUUAAAACAAAUGGCAUAAUUUAUUAUGCUUGAAUUCAAAAUACCUUUAAUGUAUGCUGAAUUUUAUGAUGAAACAGGGAAAAUUUAUUUUAUGAGCCCUUGAAUGUAAUCUAAUGUUGGGAUAUACAUUAAUAUUUCACUGUUUUUUUUUUUUUUUUUGUAGUUAUAAGGAAGUAUAGAUUUCUUGAUGUUCUAUUCACAAUUUGUAUACUAUUACUGUGGUUCUCAUGACAUAUUUUCCAUUGCAAUUUAUUUUGAUGGAAUAUUAAAAAAGAAUUAUAACUAUUUAAAAAUUAAACCAUAUUCAUAAAAGUUGAAACUCAGUGUAGUAUUUCGCUUUAUUUAUUUUUCAUAAUUUUACUGCCACAUGGAUAGAUAAUGAUAACACCUUUGUACUUCUUUUAGUUUGAAAAGCUUUUCUCUUUCCUUGGUCUUAAUAUUUAAGUGUAUGAAAAGUUCAAAAUUCAAUUCAUAAAUAUAUCAUCAACAUAAAUUUCUUCAACAUGAAAUUUUUUAAACAUUUAUCUUUUAUUAACAAAACUUAAAAAUACUGUUCAUUUAUUUAAAGGCACAUGGCAAACUUAGUAUAACACAACAUUGCUAGCCUAACAGUAUGGCCGUUGGGAUUAGACUGAACUUAAUACAAUUAAUAAUAACAGUGUACAUUAUAGUUAGGUCCCCCUCCUUAUCGACUAAUAAUAUAAUAGUUUAUAACAUAGAUAUUAAUAAUACUAUAUAUGACACUUACCAAUAUUAACACUUUUUUAUUAUUAAAUGCAUGCAAAACUAUUAACAAAAAUACAUUGGACUAAUAAUUAUUCAUCAUAAACAUCUUGUGAUAAUUUUCAAUGCAUUUAAUCUUGAUUAACAAAACUAAGUAAUGGGAUUUUUUUUUUUAAUAAAUCCAUGAUGUAAAAAAAAAUUUUCUUUUUUCUUUAUGAAUAAGACCAUACAUAACACAAUACAGUACACUAGUGUACUUUAAAACACUGGUUGAGAAUUGCUGUUUAGUAGAUUAGUGUUGAAUUUAGUAAAAUGCAAUUCAUAAUUUGUCUCAUUGUUUGUUAGUUAAAUAAAACGCGCCUAAAACGAAAUUGCAUGGAACCAAAGUAUUAAAUCUAUUAAAAGUGAAACAAUUUCUUAAACUUUUUUUUUUUCAUUAAAUAUAUAAUCCCAAUAUUUCAUAAUACUAUUUACUGCAUAAAUUUAAAUGACAUUUGUUAUUCUUUUGUAGAAUAAACCUUUUUUGUUUAUGUUUAUU